AUGCGCCCUCUUCGCCUGCUGCUGUCGCUGUCCUCGUGCGUCCUUGCCGUCACCCUCCUACUCUACAUCGCCAUACCCGCCCGCGACGCCCAUGUUUCCUCGAGCCCACACAAGAAGAGCAAGCUGAGCGCGCUCUUCUCUCUCUCCGCCCCCGCCUUGUUCCCGCCCUCGGCCAUCAUCAGCUUGACCGACGACAACUCCACCUUCUUCCUCGCCAGACCCGCUGCGUUUGGUCCUCCGCUGCCGUCAAAGGGCCUCAGUGGCCAGCUCUGGACUGGCAGCGGCUUCGGUGGUGAUACCCUGACCCACGGCGGUCUUGCUGCAGGCGUCGAUGGCGAGCUUGGCUGCAGCGACGUGCCCGGCUGGGACGAGAGGCGUGGCAGGCUAGCGUCUGCUUCGCAUUUCGAGAAGGCCUCGGGAACUGCUAACGACGCAGACGCCUCCAAGCCAGGUCGCUCCCGGCGCGGUCUGUUGGGUGCGAAAUCGCGGUCUAAUGCCGCCCCUAAGCCGGAAUCAAAGCCGCUCAACGAUGACGGUACCGACGACCAUUUCCACCGCGUUCAACCCCACAACCCCAACGCCCCUUCGUGGGGCAAGGCCUCCUCCGAAUCCAGCGACCAUGCAGACAUCCAGUCACUGCAGGAGAGCGCUGAGAUCGCCGGCAGGGUCGUUUUACUUCGCCGUGGCGGCUGCGGUUUCCUGGAGAAGGUCAAGUGGGCCCAGCGGAGAGGCGGAGUUGCCGUCAUCGUAGGCGAUGAUAUCCGUGGCGGGCCCUUGGUCACCAUGUAUGCACGAGGCGAUACUUCCAACGUUACGAUACCCGCUUUGUUCACUUCCCAUACUACCGCUCAUCUUCUGUCUUCUCUUGUGCCUUCGGGAGGGCUUAUCGAGAACCUGCCUACUGAGGAUUCACUCAAACUUGCUCUUGGGAAAGCAAGCAAACCCUCGAAAGGUCCUGCCAGCGGCCCGACAUUUACCUCCACUUCACCGGCUUCUAAGCAGACCGCAGGGCGUGCAGUGUCUGAGGACCUAGCCAAAAGCGUCCAAUCUCCAAACGGAGAAGUCCGAGGCGAUGUAACCUCACGAGAGAAGCCCGGAUGGAUCCGUUCGCUUCUGGCCAUCUUUAGUAGUGGCUCUCGCAAAGAGUCGGCGACGGAAGAAAGCAGGAGACCUCCUAGCAGUGGAAACAUUGAUUGGAUCCUCGUAGAAGAUUGGGAAGAUGAGGAUCCGAUGAGAACGAGAACUGCGACCGCUGCUGCGCAGAAGACCAGUUCGACGUCUCUGGCCCUACCUGGUGAAUUUUCCGACGACUUUGUAAUUGGCGUGCAAGACUGGAGAGAUCCUGAUCUACUCCCUCCAAAGACCGAGCCUUCGAUCAACAAGAAACCGACUGCGCAAUCAAAAACAAAGCAGUCUCCUGGCGCCACUUCCUUUUCUGGCGGCAACGUGCUUCCUGGAAGCGGGGAGUAUGCCGAACUUAGCUCUGCUAAUGCAAAGUUCAAGCCGGCUUCUUCUGACAAAGAUUCGGCAGCAAAGGAGAGGGAGCACGCUAAGCACGGCGGAUGGUUUGGCAAUUUGCCAUGGAAUAAGCAACCAGACGCGAAGGCAGAGGCGUUUACACAACCGUUCCCCGCAUCGUCUUUCAAGCCAAAAGCAAGUUUGAAGAGCACACCAACACCCACAGAAAUUGCUAUGCAAAGCAGUCGCCCUGGCAUACAAUCUGGUUCGGACAGACAUGAUGGUCUUUGGGUGACUUUGACACCUACGAGCAUGUCAAACAGCCCCUUUUUUGACACUCUGCUCGUACUUGUGGUCAGCCCUUUAGUCACUCUGACGGUGGUAUAUGCUCUCCUCCUCCUAAGAUCUCGUAUCCGCCGCCGCCGCUGGAGGGCUCCAAAGUCUGUUGUCGAGAGAUUGCCAGUCCGCACUUACCAGACUCUGAACUCUAGCGAUAGCUCAACAUCAACUAGCCCCAUUGCUACACCGGCGGCGGGAAGCCCGCGGACACCAUUACUGCAAUCAUCAAGUUCGUCUCAAGCCAAUUCCUCCCGGAACCGGCCAAGGAGUAGAACUGCGGGAGAUGUAACCCCACAAGGCUUGGGUCGCUCAGUCAGCCCAGAAGAAAAGGCUGAGACGGGUCUCGCAGCAUGGCGGCGCAAGUAUGGCGGUCGUCAAAAGGAAUGUGUGGUAUGUCUCGAGGAAUACGUGGAUGGGGUGAGCAGGGUAAUGAGUCUUCCUUGUGGCCAUGAAUUUCACGCGGAGUGCAUGUAG